UUCACUACUAGCGGAGCUGCACGGAGGAAGCGAGGAGCCAGAAGGGGCAAAGAAAUAAGCCUGGAAUUUAUCUCGCGCUUUAAACGAGACAAGAAGAGACCUCCGCCUCUCAUUUCAUAUUCCUUCAGUUUAUUCCACCACGGAGUGUAUGAAAUAUGAUGGAAACUGAACGAUGAGGAGUUUGUGCCUUGACGGCAGCUGACGGACUGAACCAUGGCCCAGUUUCCCACGCCCUUCGGAGGGGGGUCGGAUACAUGGGUAAUAUCUGUGGACGAAAGAGCCAAACAUGACCAACAGUUCCACAGCUUGACCCCCACACCUGCUGGCUUCAUCACAGGUGACCAGGCUAGGAAUUUCUUUCUACAGUCAGGUUUACCUGCUCCCAUCUUGGCCCAAAUAUGGGCUUUAGCCGACAUGAACAACGACGGAAAGAUGGACAUGCACGAAUUUUCUAUCGCCAUGAAGCUGAUUAAGCUUAAGCUACAGGGUCACCCACUCCCCCCAUCGUUGCCCCCCUCCAUGAAGCAGCAGCCGCUCUCCAUACCACCACAGCCCCCUUUUGGGAUGCCCAGUAUGGGACCAAUACCAGGCCUGCCACCGUCAAUGCCCUUGCCACCCCUGCCCGUGGGGGUGCCAGGAGGAGUGGGCGUGUCUCCUCCGUUGGUAGCAUCUGUGACCCCUCCGGUUUCAUCUCUGGCAAACGGUGCACCUGCUAUGAUACAACCCAUACCUGGACUUUCCCAUUCAGCUGCUGCACUCAACAAAACUGCUUCGUUCAACCGUUCCAGCAUCAAACUACAGAAAGGCCAGUCUGUGGAGGCACCUAGUGCUCCGGCAGCUCCACCGCCCACCGACUGGGCCGUGCCUCAGUCCUCUCGGCUUAAGUACCGCCAGCUGUUCAACAGCCACGACAAAAUGAUGAGCGGAUAUCUCACAGGUCCACAGGCCAGAACAAUUCUUAUGCAGUCCAGUCUACCACAGGGACAGCUGGCCACCAUCUGGAACCUGUCAGACAUAGACCAGGAUGGGAAGUUGACGGCAGAGGAAUUUAUUUUGGCCAUGCAUUUGAUUGACAUGGCCAUGUCCGGUCUGCCCCUCCCUCCUUUACUGGCUCCUGACUUCAUACCUCCGACAUUUAGGCGCGUACGAUCUGGUAGCGGAGUGUCUGUGACCAGCAUGCACACUAUAGACCCGCGGGCCCAGGAGGAGCCGGGGGAGGAAGAGGAGAAAGAGCAAGAGAAAAAACUUCCAGUCACAUUCGAGGAUAAGAAACGCGAGAAUUUUGAGCGUGGAAACCUGGAGCUGGAGAAACGUCGGCAGGCUCUUUUAGAGCAGCAGAGGAAGGAGCAGGAGAGGCUGGCGGCGCUGGAGAAAGAGGAGCAGGAGAGAAAAGAGCGGGAGCGUCUGGAACAGGAGAGACGCAGACAGCAGGAGCUGGACAGACAGCUGGAGAGACAGAGGGAGCUGGAGAGACAGAGGGAGGAGGAGAGACGCAAGGAGAUUGAGAGACGAGAGGCUGCUAAACGAGAGUUGGAGCGCCAGCGACAGUUAGAAUGGGAGCGGACGCGCAGACAAGAGCUGCUCACCCAGAGAAACCGGGAGCAGGAGAACAUCGUCCUGCUCAAAGCCCGCAAGAAAACAUUGGAGUUUGAACUGGAGGCUCUGAAUGAUAAAAAGUCUCAGUUGGAGGGUAAACUGCAGGACAUCCGUUUUCGUCUUUCGACUCAGAGACACGAGAUCGAGAGCACCAAUAAGAAGCGAGAGCUGCGCAUCGCUGAGAUCACCAGCCUGCAACAGCAGCUGCAGGAGUCUCAGCAGUGGUUGAGCCGGUUGAUUCCUGAUAAACAAUGUCUGAAUGACCAGCUGAAGCAGGUUCAGCAGAACAGUCUGCACAGAGACUCUCUGUCCGGUCUUCAGAGAGCUAUAGAAAUGAAGGAGUCAACCAAACAGCAGCUCAAAGAACAGCUGGACACUGUGGAGAAGGAGACGCGCUCCAAACUACUUGAGAUUGAUGCGUUCAACACACAGCUGAAGUCUUUGGGACUGUUCUAUCAAACCCAUGCUGCCAAGAUGGAGAACCUGCAAUCAGAGCUACUAUUUGAAGAGCAGAGGGGGCGACAGGAGUUGAGAGAAAUCCACAACAAACAGCAGAGGCAGAAACAAAAGGACCUGGAGGCUGACAUCACCCAGCCGUCACAUGAUAGGACAUCCACGGAAUUACAAGAGUCCAGGUUGUCGGGGCCAGAUGAGGGCCUGUCACCGGCAUGGAGAGAUGGUGGUUUGAGGAAAGUUCCCACUCCUCCCUCGUCUCAUGCUUGGAUGAGUCGAGUCAGUGAAGAGGAGAACCAUAGCAAAGCUGACAUCCAGGAGAACCUCUCCAAGCUUUUUACACAGCAGACGCAACCAGGAAAGAUCCCGUCACCCUGGUCCAUGGCAGAGAAGCUCCCGGUGUCUGGUUUUAACCAGGACAAGGUAAAAGUGGUCUACUACAGAGCGCUGUACCCAUUCGAUGCCCGUAGUCAUGAUGAGAUCACCAUUCAUCCUGGAGAUAUAGUGAUGGUGAAGGGGGAGUGGGUGGAUGAGUCACAGACAGGUGAACCGGGGUGGUUAGGAGGAGAGAUUAAAGGAAAGACUGGCUGGUUUCCAGCAAACUAUGCAGAAAAGAUCCCUGAAUCUGAAGUUCCUCUCAGUUUGAGGGCCAGCGGCACCCCUAAAUUAGGAUCCCAGAUAUCAUCCACUUCCUCAUCUAAUACGGCCACGCCCAUACAGCCAGUUUCCACAGAGCCUGCACCGAUACCCCCUCCCUCUUCAGCCGCAGCCCCACCAGGCCCCGCCUCCUCAUCUUCCUCAACAUCUAGCAAUUGGGCAGAUUUCAGCACUACAUGGCCAUCUAACUCAUCUGUGGAGAAGCAGGACAGCGAUGGGUGGGACGCGUGGCCAACCCAGCCCACUCAGCCUUCUCUGUCUGUGCCCAGUGGGGGUCAGAUGAGACAGCGCUCGGCUUUCACACCCGCCACACUCUCUGGAUCCUCACCCUCGCCUGUGCUUGGACAGGGUGAGAAGGUGGAGGGUCUGCAAGCGCAGGCUCUGUACCCCUGGAGAGCCAAAAAAGACAAUCACCUGAACUUCAACAAGAAUGAUGUCAUCACCGUGCUUGAACAGCAGGACAUGUGGUGGUUCGGAGAGGUACAGGGGCAGAGAGGAUGGUUCCCCAAAUCGUACGUCAAACUUAUCUCCGGACCCGUACGGAAAUCUAUGAGUAUUGAGUCUGGUUCCUCCGACAGCCCCCCCAGUGUUAAGAGACCCAGCCCGUCCCCGAACAAGCCCACGGAUCUCGGAGAAGAGUAUGUGGCAAUGUAUACCUAUGAAAGCAGUGAGCAAGGUGACCUGACCUUCCAGCAGGGUGAUGUCAUCACGGUCACAAAAAAAGAAGGGGAUUGGUGGACCGGUACUGUGAGCGGGAGGACCGGAGUCUUCCCCUCCAAUUACGUCAAACCUAAAGAUUCUGAGGGUUUGGGAUCUGCUGGGAAAACAGGAAGUUUGGGGAAGAAACCAGAGAUCGCUCAGGUCAUCGCCCCCUACACGGCCACAGGGCCAGAGCAGCUAACUCUGGCACCAGGACAGCUCAUUCUCAUCCGCAAGAAAAACCCGGGUGGAUGGUGGGAAGGAGAACUUCAGGCAAGAGGAAAGAAGCGUCAGAUUGGCUGGUUUCCAGCUAAUUAUGUUAAAUUAUUAAGCCCUAGCACCAGUAAGACCACACCCACAGAGCCCAUCCCACCCAAGCUGCCAACGCCCAAUGCAGUGUGCCAGGUGAUUGGCAUGUACGACUACACAGCGCAGAACGAUGACGAGCUGCCUUUUGGCAAAGGCCAAAUCAUCAACGUGUUGAGCCGAGAGGAUCCCGAUUGGUGGAAAGGGGAGCUGAACGGUUCCGUCGGACUUUUCCCAUCCAACUACGUCAAGCUGACCACCGACACUGACCCCAGCCAACAAUGGUGUGCGGAUCUGCACCUUCUCGACAUGCUGACCCCGAUGGAAAGGAAGAGGCAGGGCUACAUUCAUGAGCUUAUUGUUACAGAGGAAAACUAUGUCAAUGACCUGCAGCUGGUCACUGAGACCUUCCAGAAGCCUCUGCUGGAGUCCGAAUUGUUGACGGAGAAGGAGGUGGCCAUGAUUUUCGUCAACUGGAAAGAGCUGAUCAUGUGCAACAUCAAGCUGCUCAAGGCGUUGCGGGUAAGAAAGAAGAUGUCAGGGGAGCGCAUGCCGGUGAAGAUGAUUGGUGACAUCCUGACAGCUCAGCUUCCUCACAUGCAGCCGUACAUCCGCUUCUGCAGCUGCCAGCUCAACGGCGCCACCCUCAUCCAGCAGAAAACAGAUGAGGUGCCGGAAUUCAAAGAGUUUGUUAAGAGGUUGGCGAUGGACCCUCGCUGUAAGGGAAUGCCCCUGUCAAGUUUCCUCCUCAAACCCAUGCAGAGAGUCACUCGGUACCCUCUCAUCAUCAAAAACAUUUUAGAGAAUACCCCAGAGAGUCAUCCGGACCACAGUCACUUGCGUUUAGCGCUGGAGAAGGCUGAGGAGCUGUGCUCGCAGGUCAACGAAGGCGUGCGUGAGAAAGAAAAUUCGGACCGCUUGGAGUGGAUCCAGGCCCAUGUGCAAUGUGAGGGGCUUUCAGAGCAACUUGUCUUCAACUCCGUUACGAACUGCCUGGGACCUCGAAAAUUCCUGCACAGUGGCAAACUGUACAAAGCCAAAAGCAACAAGGAGCUUUACGGCUUCCUGUUUAAUGACUUCCUGCUCCUCACGCAGAUCAUCAAACCUCUCGGCUCGUCUGGAAAUGACAAGGUUUUCAGCAGCAAGUCACACCUGCAGUAUCGCAUGUACAAAACGCCCAUCUUUCUGAACGAAGUGUUGGUAAAGCUGCCUACUGAUCCUUCAGGAGAUGAACCCAUAUUCCACAUCUCUCACAUUGACAGGGUCUACACUAUACGGGCUGAGAGCAUAAACGAGCGGACGGCCUGGGUACAAAAGAUCAAAGCCGCCUCUGAGCUCUUUAUCGAAACUGAGAAGAAGAAGAGAGAGAAAGCCUACCUGGUGAGGUCUCAAAGGGCCACAGGGAUCGGACGGCUGAUGGUGAACAUCGUAGAAGGCAUUGAGCUGAAGCCCUGCCGCUCGAAUGGUAAAAGUAAUCCAUACUGUGAGGUGACGAUGGGCUCUCAGUGUCACGUGACUAAGACACUGCAGGACACUUUGAACCCCAAAUGGAACUCAAACUGCCAGUUCUUCAUUAAGGACCUGGAGCAGGACGUGCUGUGUGUCACUGUGUUUGAAAGGGAUCAGUUCUCCCCGGAUGAUUUCUUGGGCAGAACGGAGAUUCGGCUGGCCGACAUUAAGAAGGACCAGGGCUCUAAAGGCCCCAUCACCAAGCGUCUGCUUUUACAUGAAGUCCCCACGGGCGAGAUCGUGGUCCGACUGGACCUUCAGCUCUUUGACGAACCCUGAUCCGUGUUGUUCGACCUGACCUUUUGUCCCUCAGAUCCCAUAUGUGCUGCUCCUCCGUGGUGAAAGCCAUCAGCCUAUGUGACAAUCCCAGUCCACCCAGCAUCGUGAACCCAGAGCGUGAAUGUCUUUCCGCAAGAAAUCUGUGAUCGGGAUAAAAUUUUUGUUGUCCUUGGUAGCAUUUAAAGCCAAGCGUUGUGUGCGCGAGUGUAAAUGAAGGAUGCACUGUAGAGAAAAAAAUAUUUCAGUCUCUAAUGAUGUGAAGGAUGUCUCAGGAUGCUGUAAGUUUUAUUUAAGCUGGAAAUUUGCCAUAACUUUUUCGCAGCUAUUUAUUUUAAAAUGCACAGAAUCGUCAUAUAAUGAAAACUUGUUCCAGGUGAUUCCAAGUGCCAUUCCGAUGACUCCCAUAGGUGAAUCUCACAAAACUAUUACUUUAAUAUACAGAUUAAAAAUAAUUCUCAAUACUGUAUUGUGAAACAGAUGAUAUUUAAAUUGUUAAGUAUGUAAAUGUAGUAUUUGAAUGAAUUCAGUUUUAAAUACAAAAUUGUAAUACAGUAAUGAGAAUUUAAUCACAAUGAUUAACACGACACAUAAACAUGUAAGGUUAAGGGAAAGAUGUACUGUAUUAAAGGUGCAUUGUGUAACUUUUUAAAGGAUCUUUUGACAGAAAUGCAAUAUAAUUUACAUAACUAGAUUAUCAGUUAUGAACUGUAUUGUUUUUAUUACCUUAGUAUGAUCCGUUUUUAUUUACAUACACCUCUGGUCCCCUUACGUGGGGGUCGCCAUUUUGUGCCACCAUGUUUCUACAGUAGCCCUAAAGAGACAAACUGCUGUACAGAGCGCGUUUCAUCACUACGUUGGUCAGACGUUGACAUGUUUGGCCCUUGGCGGCUACUGUAGCUUCUCUAUACUUUUUGAAAGGGAGGGGUGAGCUGCGGACUGCGCCAUGGGUUGCAAUUCAAAGUCUCACAGCUAGAUGCCGCUAAAAAUCUACGCAAUGAUCUGGACACACAAGGGUUAAUAAAGGACAAGUUAAACACUUAAAGCCCUGUUUUCAGAUUGUUUAUGAUAAAAUAGAACCGUUUUGACUGAAAUUUGGACAUAUGAUGCUGGCCCGAGAAUUUUUCGGUUUCUGUUGUAUCAGCCCCCACCUCUACAACGCCUCACACCCGUAUAUUCUUCCGUUGAGAGCUUGAAUAAUAAAUACUCCAGCCCAGCUGGUGCCAAUAAUCCGCCUUUGCCAAUUGCAAGAAUACAAACAAAGUUCCCGGCGGCGGAGUAAUACCGUACCUCACAGCACAUCUAAUACAAGUCAAUGGAGUUGGACAAAAACUACGAUAAAACCUGUUGGGAAGCAUCUUUUGCAGUUUUCUGAAAACAGGGCUUUAAGUGUAAAAUACCGAACUUGUCCUUUAAAACAAAGUCACAGUGCAACAAAAAAUUAAGCCUGAAAUGGGAGUAAAAAUGAGACCUUAUGUUUUUUUUUAUGUGAGAUUCAUCCUUAAAUAAGUCUAACUAGCAACAUUUUGUUUUCCGAAAAUCAUCAAUACUAAAACACACCAAGUUUUGCUGGCAAACCUUUCUAGUGUCAUGACCAAUCCAUUUUUAUUUCCGUCUGUUUUUAAGUGAACAUAUUGGGAACACAGAACUAUUCGAGUUCUAUCCAGUUUGUAAUUCCUUACAAAGGUUAAUGGAAAUUGUUUGAGUAAUUUCGACGUUUUGGAGGGGAUAUGGUUAGAAAAGGCUGCAAACACUCCACAGCAAAAGGAUUUUAAUAUAUGCAAGAUGAAAUUGUGGGAGAAAUUAGUUUUUGCUAUUUAAUGAUUGUUUAUCGAGUCACUUUUAUUUAUUUUUAUUUUGUGAGAAUGGGACACAUCGGCAGUAAACGUCAAAAAUAUUGCCAAGGGGUUUUCUUGAAGUGUUUUUCUGUAUAAGUAACUUUUUUUGCAUCAAAUUUUUGAAAUGUCCCUAUGAUGGGUUUAAAUACAGUAUGAGCCUGCAUUAGUUUAAUUUUAGCAAUAAUUCAUGAUAUUUUCUUAAGAUCUUCUUUAAUAUUCCACUGAUGAUCUUAAUUUUGUUUUGGUACAUCCCAAAGUAAACUAUUUAAUAUAUAGUGCUAUAUUUAAGUUUUAUACUGCGUUACUAAUGAGUUCAAGGUUUGCUAAUAAUUGAUGUGUGUUUAUUUUUUAUUCUUGUGCUGUUAUUAGGCAUUAGAGAUCAACACUGUAGUCAUGUCUGUAAAAAUGAGAAAUCAUUUCAUGAGAAAUUUGUUAAACUGUUGUUUGUAAAAAGCUAAAAAUGGAACUUGCGCAGUGGAUAAAACGCAAUUUUUUCCGUCUUAAAUUAACCAGAAGGGAUCAAGUGUUUAACCCAUACCUGCAGGAAAUAUAAUCUCCAAAUCUGUUAUAGAAAAAACUACUGUUUUUACAUGUUCUGAUACAAUGUUUUUGUACGUUUGCCCCUAAAUGAUCGCACUACUGAGCCUAAGAAAGAUGCUGUUUGCUUUUAGACUUUAGCCUCUGUAUCACUGAAUACAAGACACACAUUAAUAUUCCACUGCUGUGCUAGUGAGAUACCAGUGUGAUCGAGAAGAACAGAUAACUUAUUUCACUUGAUCUUUCCGUGUAUGUGUGUGUAUAUGUGAGAGAGUAUGUCUGAGUGCUGUUUGCUGGGUCACUUUUCCAAACCUCAUGAAGAAUAUACUAGACAAUGCAAGAGGUCAUGGUCAAGGUCACGUCUUUUACCUCUCCUGUUUCUCUCCUAAACUCUCUUCCAUCUCUUGUCAUGCACACUGUACAUUUUCAUACCAGGAGUUUUGCCCAUCUUUAUUAUUUUUAAUGAGCAAGAUCCCAUUGAUUCAACAGUAAUAUAUGUGUCUAUGUUUAAAUCUUUGAAUGGAAUAUAAUAUAUUACAACUUGAGAAGUAAAUAUGUUGAUGACAGCGUAUUGUUAUCAAUGUAGAAGCAGUGUGUUGUCUUAAUGUUGCAAAUAAAACUCGAUUGGACCAAGGUA